UGUCUGUAUCUUUUUUUAAGGGCUUAAACGGUGCGUUUCAUGAGGCGGUUGGUUGGUAGCUACUGUAUAUAAACAGUGGAGCUGUCUAGGGCUUUGAAAUUCUGCAAAUUAGCGAUUGAAAACGGUUUCUAAGGUGAUCGGCCGACGAAGAAGACGAUGGGACAUUCAAACGUGUGGAAUUCACAUCCAAAGAACUAUGGACCUGGUUCUCGCACUUGCCGUGUCUGUGGAAACCCCCAUGGAUUGAUCCGCAAGUAUGGCCUGAUGUGCUGCAGGCAGUGCUUUCGUAGUAAUGCCAAAGAAAUUGGCUUCAUUAAGUACCGCUGAAAAUGGAGCUAUGAUCUUCAAAGGUUGCAGAUAUGAGGAUGUUGGUCACUUACUUCUUCUUCGCUUAGUCUAUUGACAUUUAAAUGAUUUCCGAUCAAUUAGGAUAAAAAGAAUUAUCAGUUGCACUUUAUAACCAACCAAGCUUGGGAAUUACUUGGUUCUGAGUGGUUGAAAGAGUUUAGGAGAAUUCUAAACACCCAUAUUUAAGUUAUUUCAACUCAAUUAUUUGGAUUAUCUAAAUUUGGUUAUGAAUUUUUAUCCUGGUUAAUUUGGUAUUGUCCAAGGAAAUGGAGGUAGGGCAUGCCCCAAUUAAAAAUUGACGGGCAACAGCCUUUCCCCAAAAAGUUUUCAAGCUUAGCUAUGAAUGUAGUAGUGUCCUUGAAAUAUGUUAGUAAGUCGGGCCAGUUGAGUCUAAGUUUUAGUUUGUUGUGUAAGUUUGGAGUUUUGUCUUUGAAUAAUAGUUUCUAGAAUUCUAUAUGAA